CCCUUGACUCUCCCCUCCCUGCCCUCACUCUCUCGCUCGCCCUGAGCGCGGCCCCCGCCAUGACGGAGGCGGGUGCCGGUGCUGCUGCCGCUGCCGUUGCCGCCGCUGCCGUCGCAGGGGGGGAGUCGGGUUCCCAGAAAGUAGCUUGAUGAGUGUCCAAAGUAGCAGUGGAAGUUUGGAGGGGCCGCCAUCUUGGUCCCAGCUCUCCACGUCUCCAACCCCAGGCUCGGCGGCGGCGGCCAGGUCCCUGCUGAAUCACACGCCGCCAUCCGGGAGGCCCAGGGAAGGUGCAAUGGAUGAACUUCAUAGUCUGGAUCCAAGAAGGCAAGAAUUAUUGGAAGCUAGAUUCACAGGAGUUGCAAGUGGAAGCACUGGGAGCACGGGUAGUUGCAGUGUUGGAGCUAAAGCCUCAACAAAUAAUGAAAGCUCUAAUCACAGUUUUGGAAGCUUGGGAUCUUUGAGUGACAAAGAAUCAGAGACACCAGAGAAGAAACAAUCAGAAUCAUCCAGAGGAAGAAAGAGAAAAGCAGAAAACCAGAAUGAAAGUAGUCAGGGGAAAAGUAUUGGGGGACGUGGCCACAAAAUUAGUGACUAUUUUGAAUACCAAGGUGGGAAUGGCUCCAGUCCAGUAAGAGGUAUACCUCCUGCAAUCCGUUCUCCUCAGAAUUCACAUUCACAUUCCACUCCUUCCUCAUCUGUUCGACCGAAUAGCCCUUCUCCUACUGCAUUAGCUUUUGGGGACCACCCUGUUUUACAACCAAAGCAGUUAUCCUUUAAAAUUACUCAGACUGAUCUUACAAUGCUGAAAUUAGCAGCAUUAGAAAGUAAUAAAAACCAGGACCUGGAAAAGAAGGAAGGUCGUAUAGAUGACUUGCUCAGGGCUAACUGUGAUCUCAGACGGCAGAUAGAUGAACAACAGAAAUUACUUGAAAAAUACAAGGAACGAUUAAAUAAGUGCAUAUCAAUGAGCAAGAAACUGCUUAUUGAAAAGAGUACACAAGAAAAACUGUCAAGCCGAGAGAAGAGUAUGCAAGACAGAUUACGCCUUGGGCAUUUCACAACAGUUAGACAUGGUGCUUCAUUUACUGAACAAUGGACAGAUGGUUUUGCAUUUCAGAAUCUUGUAAAGCAACAAGAAUGGGUGAAUCAGCAAAGAGAAGAUAUUGAAAGGCAAAGGAAACUUCUAGCCAAACGCAAACCUCCCACAGCUAACAAUUCUCAGGCACCCUCUACCAAUUCUGAACAAAAACAAAGGAAAAACAAAGCAGUCAAUGGAGCAGAAAAUGAUCCCUUCGUUAGACCAAAUUUACCACAACUGUUGACUUUGGCAGAAUAUCAUGAACAGGAAGAAAUUUUCAAACUUAGACUAGGACAUCUCAAAAAGGAAGAGGCAGAAAUCCAGGCAGAACUUGAACGUUUGGAAAGAGUCAGGAAUCUUCACAUUCGAGAGCUCAAAAGAAUAAAUAAUGAAGAUAAUUCACAGUUCAAAGAUCAUCCGACGUUAAAUGAGAGAUAUUUAUUACUUCAUCUGCUUGGUAGAGGUGGCUUUAGUGAAGUAUAUAAGGCUUUUGACCUUUAUGAACAAAGAUACGCUGCUGUGAAGAUCCAUCAGCUUAAUAAAAGCUGGAGGGAUGAGAAGAAGGAAAACUACCACAAACAUGCCUGCAGAGAGUAUAGAAUACACAAAGAACUGGAUCACCCCAGAAUAGUUAAACUCUAUGAUUAUUUCUCCUUGGAUACAGAUACGUUUUGUACAGUGUUAGAAUACUGUGAAGGCAAUGACUUGGAUUUCUAUCUGAAGCAACAUAAAUUAAUGUCAGAGAAAGAAGCUAGGUCUAUUGUAAUGCAAAUUGUCAAUGCACUAAGAUAUCUCAAUGAAAUCAAACCCCCUAUUAUACAUUAUGAUCUUAAGCCAGGGAACAUUCUUCUGGUAGAUGGAACAGCAUGUGGAGAAAUCAAAAUCACUGAUUUUGGUCUGUCCAAGAUUAUGGAUGACGAUAGCUAUGGUGUAGAUGGAAUGGAUCUAACUUCCCAGGGGGCAGGCACUUACUGGUAUUUACCUCCUGAGUGUUUUGUAGUUGGAAAGGAACCACCAAAGAUUUCCAACAAGGUUGAUGUUUGGUCAGUCGGAGUCAUCUUUUUUCAGUGUCUUUAUGGUAGAAAGCCAUUUGGUCACAAUCAAUCUCAACAAGACAUUCUUCAAGAAAAUACAAUAUUAAAAGCCACAGAAGUCCAGUUCCCUGUAAAACCAGUUGUAAGCAGUGAAGCAAAGGCCUUUAUAAGACGCUGCUUGGCAUAUCGAAAAGAAGACAGAUUUGAUGUGCACCAACUGGCAAAUGACCCCUACCUUCUCCCACACAUGAGAAGAUCAAAUUCUUCAGGAAACUUACACAUGGCCGGGCUGACAGCAUCCCCUACGCCCCCUUCUUCAAGCAUAAUGACUUACUGACUUUGCUACAAAAUCGGCAUGGUAUCUUUGAAUCGCUUCCAGAUGCACACGAGUUUGACAGCAUUUGAGUGUUUUUGUUUUCUUUUUUACACAGGAUUUGGUUGAGAACUGUUUGUGAACUGAAGUUCUUCCUAGCGUCAUUUGUAUGAGAGUGGAUCAUGGACAGUGAAUAAAUUUACACUUCUGACUGUAACCUUGAGCAGUAAAGGGUGACUGCCUGUUGCACAGAAACAGGAAUACCAUGUUAAAAUAGAAGAGAAAUGGUUUUUUGUUUGUUUGGGGGAACACUGUAAAUAACGUUUAUAAUACAUUUGGUUGUUACUAGAGAGUUCUAAUACGAAGGGUAGUUUUUCAUUAUUUAAAAACACAUGGAAAAAAAUGAGACAUAUUUCUAACACAAGAGCUAUAUAGUGCCUGGAUACAUUCUUCAGCAUUCAGCAGUUUACCUGCUGAAACCAAAGUAAGAACUGAAUGACAGUGACAGUCAUGUUUAUAGUAACAGAAUGUGGGAGUCAGAGUCUUUGGACAAAGUUAGACUUUGUCAUCUGCCUGUUCUGGCUUUUACUAAGUUGUACCUCGAAAUCAAAAGUCUGUUUUUUCACUGGUUAUGUUAAAGGAAGAGUUAUUAUUCCUAGAUACUUUACACCUUUGACAAAAUGAGCUGCUUGUUUUGAAAUCAGUUGAAUUCACUAAAUCAUAAUAUCUCCAGUGUUUUCAACGUGUUAGAAUUGUUAACAGAUCUUUUUCUUUUGUUACCAGGCCUUGUUACAAGUGACAGUAUGUAACCAAAUGCAGACCAGUUCUAUGCAGGAUAAUGAUAAAUUCCCUUCUAGCUCUAUUGUAAAUUGUUGUACAGAUGUUGUAUUUCAAUUACCAAGUUUCAGCAGCUUAUUCUUGUACAAAUGUUUAAAAAUAUGGCUUUUCUAAUUGGAUAUUGUAUUUUUUUUUAAGUCUUCUUGAAGGCGCUUUAAUUGCUGCUAAAUGAUGUUGCUUCUUUGCUAAAAAAAAUUGAAUGACCUCCUUAAAGGUGCAAGUUGACUGUACAUCAUAGAAUGAUAAAAGCAGGCAUUCAUUAACAAUCAAGGCAUGUAAAAAUGAUCCCUGUUGGACAUAAAGAGUUCUCUAAAUCAGUGUCUUGGGUCCUAGGGCUGUGAGCACAUAUAGAUUAGAUUUAAAAAUUAUUCAUGGUUAUUCUACAUUUCUAGAAGGUUCUUAGCAAGGUGGGAUGAUGGUCCCACAAACAAGUUUCUUGUGAUUUGUACAGAUUUGUUAAAAUGUGAACAUUUUCUAAUUGCCUUGUAUGGUAGAAACCAUUCUUUUUCAGGAUGCUGUGUUUCACUCCUAAGAAAUAUUUCUUUAUCAUCACAUUCAUAAGGCUGAUAUUUAAUGUAAGUUGUCCAUGUUGCCGAAAAAGGAGGCUAAACUUACCACAGAUUCUCCUUAAUAUUGUACAGUUAAACUGUGGCUCUUAUUUCUGAUGUUGCAAGUCAUUUUGUUCUUCAUUGUACAUAGACACACUGUCUCUUUAAGAUGCUGCUGAAAUUGUAGAGAAUGUAGCCAAACAGUAAUAAACAAUGACAGUUAAAAUUUAAA